AUUUGUACUUUCAGUUUUGAAGUGAGUGGAAGGCCCAGGCCGGGAGGGAGCUCAGCCCAGUCAAUUCAGCUACAAAUGUAACAAAAAUAACAAUGAAGAGUCGGGUCUCAAACCCUCCCGCUUCAUGACCCUGUGUGUGGAACUGGUGCUGCAGCCUCAACUUUCUGAUUCAAAGCUUCUUUCUGGGAUUCAGCAGGGAGGGGAGCUCUGGGCUCUGGAUCCCCAGCUGCACGGCUCUGGCUGAGAUUUCCGGACACACAGCGCUGAGGUCCCUUCAGGUGGGCUGUUAUCACCAAUGGGCCUCACUGAAGGGAUUCUCAGGGAGAAACCAGCCCCCUCUGACUCUGAAAGUAAACCUGGCUGUGGGAAUGUCCCUGCAAAUUCAGAGAUUUCUCUGCAUCUGAACACAGACUGGGAUGCUGGCUGGCACAGAGCUGGGCUCCCUUUGUGACAGAUCAAGCUAUGAUGAUGGGGAAGAUUCUCUCAUUCUCCUGUGGCUCCACUCUGCCCAGCUACGUCGCUCUCUGCCUCACUCUACAGGUUCACAGGCUGGUGUCAGAACAAGUUAUAAUGAAGAGGACGAUUUUCUCAUUCUUUCAUGGCUUCACUGUGAGCUCCUUUCUGCCUGGAUAUGUCGUUUUCUUCAUUGCUCUGCACAUUCACAAUUUUGCAUCAGCACAGUUCACAGUGACUGGACCUGACCAUCCAAUCACCACCUCCAUAGGUGGGGAGGCUGUCCUGCCCUGCCAUCUCUCCCCCAGGAUGAGCGCUGAGAACAUGGAGGUGCGAUGGUUCCGAUUCCAAUAUCAUUCAGUUGUCCACCUGUAUCAGGAGGGACAGGAUAAGUAUGAAGAGCAGAUGCUGGAAUAUCAUGGGAGGACAGAGCUGCUGAAAGAUGGCAUCACUAAUGGGAGUGUUUCCCUGAGACUAUGCCAGGUCCAGCUCUCUGAUCAUGGGCAGUACACAUGCUUUUUUCAAUACAGUAUCUCUUAUGAAGAAGCCAUAUUGGAACUAAUGGUAUCAGCUAUGGGCUCGGACCCCCACAUCUCUGUUGAUGGUCACCAGGACGGAGGAAUCCGGGUUGUGUGUCAAUCGGCCGGGUGGCACCCAGAACCUGAGGCUCAGUGGAGAGAUCACCAUGGGCAGCUGCUAUCAUCUGCCUCUGAAAAAAUAUCCAAGGCGGACAAUGGCCUAUUUCAAACUCAGAUUUCUAUUGUUAUAACAGAAGAUUCCAACCAGAACUUGUCCUGUUCUGUCAGGAACCCACUUGUCAACCAAGAUAAAAUAUCAACAGUUUUCAUAGCAGGUCAGUGCCUGUCCACACUGCACUGGGGUCUGACGAGACAUUACAGAUGUUAGUGGGGAGUGUAUAGUAUUGUGCGAUUAUUACUGACCCCCUGUUUAUAGCUUUUCUCUGGAUAACACAAGACACCCUCUCUUACACUCUUACCUCGGUUUCUUUCUUGCAUUACAUCCAGAAGACUACACUAAUCUAACAGCAGCACCAAGGGCCCCAUCAGCAUGCUGGCAGGAAUCAAGACAAACUCUCACUGGCUUAAAUGAAAUCUUUACAUGAGUAAGGAGUGAAGGAUCAGGCCCUAGUGUCAUAUUUUGGUGGAGUGGCAGCAUUUUUAAAGUUUUGGCAGAGUUUUAUUGUGACAGCACUGUUAAACCUCUAUUUUUAAGAAAUGUAGUAAAAGUGGUUUAAAAAAAAAAACACAACCAAACCCAGCCAUAUUGUUAUGGGUUGGACAUAAGAUGGGCACUCACAUGUUCCCGGAAUACCAGACAUUCCAGUACUUCUGAGAAUGGUGUGACCCCACCCCCAUUGGUGUGAUCCUGAUCCUGCUGGUGAGAUGGUGCAUGUGAGGUCACGCUGAAUGGGGCACCGCUAUCUUUAAGUGUGCGCCACCCUGCUCCCACCAGUGUGACCUUGUACACACCGUGUGUGUGAGGUCAUGCUGCACUGGGGUGAGAGGUGCCAGAAGAGGCAGAGCAGCAUGCCCCAUCUGAUACCAGACAAAACCCAGUGCAGGACAGGGGACAAAGGUCUCAAACAGAGCACCAAUCGGUUUAAUACUGGAUGAACGGCCUCCCUAGUUGGGCAUAACCACUGCCCUUAAUUUAAGACAGGGGUAAGAAGCCAGUAAGCCCUUUUGUGGAACCAGAGAGCUGAAAAAACUAGCACCUCCACCCCAAAUAUAGGCACAUGCC